AUCUGUUCUCACACCGUCUGCCAUUUGAAGGAUCUUCUAGGGUUUUUCUUUUUUGUGAAAAUGGCAGCACGAGAUGAGAUUGUGUUCGAGGAUUUCUUCCCUGCAAUGGUGGACAAGCUAGGCGCAGAAGGGUUCAUGAAGGAGCUGUGCAACGGGUUUCGGUUGUUGAUGGAUGGGGAGAAAGGGAUGAUCACCGUCGAGAGCUUGAAGAGGAACUUGGGGUUGCUUGGGUUGCAAAGUAUGAGCGAUGAUGAACUGGUUUGCAUGGUGAGGGAAGGGGAUUUGAAUGGAGAUGGUGGGUUGGAUGAGAUGGAAUUUUGCACUCUGAUGUUUAGGUUGAGUCCUGCUUUGAUGAAUAGCUCCAGAAUAUUGUUGGAAGAAGCUUUAGUUUGCGAAAUGUAGUUGUUUUCUUGUUUUAGGGCAUUAUUUGCCACCUUAUUUGU